AUGCCAUUUGGAGCUUCUCAUGGACCAUUAGUACAGUUGUUCAACUCUGCAAUAUGCAGUUUCUUUCGUCAGAUUGAAGUUUAUGAUUCGGAGAAUGUACCUGAACAUGGACCUAUAAUAUUUGCUUGCUCACAUGCCAAUAUGGCUUUGGAUCCUGCAGUAUUGAGCAAUACUGUUCCCCAUGGACAUUACCUACAUUACUGGGUGAAAGAUUCUUUGUUUAAGAAUCCAGUAGCAGGAGCGAUAUUGAGAAAUGCAGGAAAUAUCGCUGUGGAUAGGAAGAACAAAGAUAACCAAAAAUUGUUUCGAGGUACAUUUGAAGCCCUCGCUCUGGGCGAGUGUAUAGGUGUAUUUCCUGAAGGCACUUCACACACUGAACCACAUAUGAUCCCACUCAAAGAUGGUACCUCCUGGGCGGCGCUGGAAUAUGUCAAAUAUCUGAAAGGAACAGAACAGAAUGGUGGACCUAAAAAAGGCAAAAAAGCAGUUGUCAUACCUGUUGGUAUUGCGUAUGUAAACAAAAGGAAAUAUAGAAGUAGGGUAGUAGUACAUUACGGAGAACCCAUUUCUAUGGAAUCAUUCGAAUCUCAAUUCUUAUCUGAAAAAGAAGGUGAAGCUAGACUGGCAGUCAAAAGGUUAACUUGGACAAUCGAUGUCGAGCUCAAGAAAAGGACAGUUAACGCUCCUGAUUGGGACACUGCAUUUGCUGCUCAGAUGGCUAGAGAAUUAUUGUGGAUACGCGAAGAUGAUCUAUCAUUACAAGAUUAUGUUCAAGUUUCUCAAACCCUGGUCGACCUGUUUACCACUCCAAACGAAAACAUACAAUCUCUUAAACCACUCUUAGCCACAUAUCACCGACUUCUAACUUCAUCAAGAUUAUCCAAUUCAGUUUUAUCUGAUAUAUCAUUAUCAUCAACUUUGGAUCCUUCAUUACCAAUCCCUUUGCCCAAUCGAUUUUCAACCUUGUUCAUCUUUAUCAAAGACACUUUGUCUUGCCUACUGAGAUUACCAUUCUUCCUCGUACCCAUGCUCAUCCAUCUCCCACUUUACGUGGUAGGACAAUUAGGCGCGACGUUAGCUGAAGACGAACUAGAAACUCAAGCUCAAAUGAAAGUGUUCGUUGGAAUAGUAUUCAGCUUGAUCUAUUAUCCAACGAUAUUUUUCGUGCUUCGGGGAUUCUUAGAUGGUUUCGCUUUGGGUGUGGCUGUGGCCGGUCUGACAAUUUGGGGUUUGGGAAGAUACCAUUCUGCUUUGAUUGACGAAAAUUACGAUGCGAUGAAACGAUUCGUUGCCUCAUGGAGAUUACUCAUUGGGAUCUGGACACCUCGAAGAUCGGAAUUCCCGUUACCAUCUUUCUUAGCAUCGUAUAAAUCAUUCGCUCCUGAUCCACCUAAAGUAGCAGGAUUACCACCUUCCAUCCCUCCUGAAAAAUACACUCGACCUAAGAGACUUCCAUCAAGAGUAUUAGUUAAACAUGUCCUAAGAACAAGAUUGCAAGCAGCAAAAGAGCUUUCAAAGGUACUAUUGGAGAUUGAAUCGAAAGAUAUCUCAAUCAAUUCAUCUUUCUGGCUAGCAAGUGAAUUCGGUGGUGAGAUAAUGAAGCCAACUAACGAAGAAGAAGAUAUGAAUGAAUGGGAAAGGGAAUUAGCAAAAGGUGUCAGAAAUGGUAAAGAAGUCGUAUCGUUCUUGAGAGCCAGAGGAGCGAGGUUAGAUCUAGGUAGGAAUGAUCAAUCCCAUUGGGUAGCAAGUAGUGGUGGUGAGACUGAAUAA